AUGUCUGAGAGUGCUCAUAUAAAAGCUAAAUUUAGCAAGAGAUCUAUGAAUCGCAGUCUACAUACCUUUAAUAUGGAACAUGUACAUUUUCUUGAUGAUAAAGAAGAUGCAUGUACACAGACAUGUACAUGUGCAGCUACACCGGCUCAAGAAGCACCGGGUGUAGACAGUGCUUAUGAAGAAAUCAAGGAAACAGAUGCCACAGACAUGUCCUUCUAUGAGGCUUCCCCAUUGUCCUGGUCACCUGCUGCUCAGAGGACAAGAGGCCAGUACAAGGACAAAAACCCCAAAACUCUCAGGAUGUUGAAAGAAAUCCAUAGGGAAAAUGAACGCUUGCGUCACCAUUGCCUCAACCAGCACUUGCGCCUGAUAUGUAGGAAAGUGCCCGGUUCUGCUGAAAGUGGUAAAGAGACCAAGGUUGUGAUGAUGCAGAGAAUUAUUAGCUACGUUGCAUAUCUGGAAAACACAGUUCGAUUUAUGUGCACUGAACUUGGAGUGAAGCCAGACCCAAGCUGGCUAAAAAUUACUUCUAAUUUACAAGACAUGGACCAAUCAGAAACUUGGAGGAAAGAAUUUCUUGCAGUGCACUCUGAAGACAGCCGAGAUAGUGAAGUCUUCUCAAGAAACAUCUCCCGUCGCCUCACAUUGUCAUCUCCGACUAUUGACUCCACAUCAGACCUGAAUGACAACUCUGCAUUUCAGUUUAAACGUCCAAAGCCAAAGACACAACCCAGCCAAGAAUCGCAGGACUCUUCAGCACCAUCUUCCAGCCUGAGUGUGGAUGAAGAUAGCUCUGAUGGAUGGCAGUGGAUUAUGUCAGCGGAGUCAGUGGUUAUUGAUGGAUCAGAACACUUUGACAGCUUUCUAAACAACACUGACAGUGACACUAACAUGUUUGAGCUUCCACAUCAAACAUUUGAGAGUAAAUUAAUGAAAUCACCAGAAGAAGUCAAGUGGCUUGUAAGUCCCGACAGGUCACCAUCUCAGCAGCAACUAGAGGAGCACUAUGGAAUAAAAUGUGACUCCAAGUACUUUGAUGGACAGUCAGGUGACUUGAUGCAUGCCUUUUCCAUUUCACCUGAUCAAGUGAUACCACAGGCAACAGUCAAAGAAGAAGUUGUGGAGGAAAAUGAAGUA